AUGACUGGUAAGGUUAUAAGAAGUAAAUUAGGCCCUGUUGCAUGUAAAACUAGAGUGGGAUGGGUACUUAGUGGUCGAAUUGGUUCAAGUACAUCAGAUAUGCAUUGUUUUGAAACACAUUUGCUACGUGCUUCGGUGGAGCAGUCAGAGUCAGACAUAAGCUUACGGCAAGAACUGGAUAAGUUUUGGAAUGUGGAGAGCAUAGGCACUAAAACUGACAGUGUUGUUGACCAAUUCGAAAAUGACAUUAUUCAUGACGGAACUAGGUACAUCACAAAAUUACCAUUUAAACCUGAUCAUGAGGUGCUCCCUGACAAUUUUAAGGUUUGUGAAGGACGGCUUAAAUCACUAAAGAAUAAGUUGGCUGUGAGUAACAUUUUGCAGGAAUACAAUCAAAUAUUCUCGGAGUAUGAAGAAAACGGUAUAAUAGAGCGUGUUCCAUCAGCUGAGGUUGCAAGGGAAACAGGGCAAGUACACUACCUUCCCCAUAGGCCGGUUAUACGUAAUGAUAAACAGACUACCAAAAUACGUGCAGUAUUUGAUGCCUCAUGUAAAGUCAGUGGUCCUUCUUUAAAUGAAUGCCUUUAUUCAGGUCCUAACCUGAUAGCUAAGAUUUUUGAUAUUUUACUUAGGUUUAGAUUGAAUAAGAUUGGGGUAUUAGCUGACAUAAAACAAGCUUUUCUAAAUGUUGGUAUAGAUGUACAGCAUAGAGACUACCUUAGAUUUUUGUGGUAUGAUUUGCAAGCUGAGGAUGAGCAGGUAGUAAUUUACAGGUUUUUAAGAGUAGUUUUCGGAAUUACGAGUAGUCCAUUUUUAUUGAAUGGGACCAUACGACGUCACCUCAGUAAUUACUUAGAGAAAGAAAGAGAAAUAGCACAGCGAGUUAAAGAUGAUCUUUAUGUUGAUGAUUUGGUCAGUGGCUGUAAUAAACUUGAGGAGGGUAAAGCCCUAUAUGAUAGAAGUAAGGCAAUUUUAUCUGAAGCCGGUUUUAAUUUGCGCAAAUGGGUCACCAAUGACAAAGAAUUAGCAGGGUACAUUGCGUCAAGGGAAAACGGAGACAACAAUUUACUAGAUAAAGAUAAUGACAUGACUUAUUUUGAGGCAACGUCACCAAACAUCACUGGCGAGCAUCAAGUUGUUUUAGGUGUAGGGUGGGACACAACCUCUGAUGAAUUAAUUUUUCGUUUCGACGAUUUGAUUUCAAAAUGUGCCACCGUUAAACACACGAAAAGGAAUAUGUUGAGCAUUUCUGCUUCUAUUUUCGACCCAUUAGGUUUCAUUGCUCCAGUCACUGCCAAAAUCAAAACCAUUUUUCAGUUGCGUUGCAAAGAUAAAUUGGACUGGGAUGAAAUUAUACCUGAAAAAAUUGCGGAUGUUUGGACCAAAUUUGUCGAGGAAUUAAAACAGCUCGCGGAAGUACGGCAUAGUCGGUUUGUGUUUACAUCUAAUUUUUCCUCCGGUAGUCAUAUAGAGCUUCAUGGUUUUUGUGAUAGCUCUAAAGAAGUUUACUGUGCGGUUGUCUACCUACGGCUUGUCUAUCAGGGCGCGGUCCAUGUAUGUUUUUUAGCUUCAAAAACUAAGGUAGCUCCCUUAAAAACACUCACGAUUCCUCGGUUAGAACUCUUGGGGUGCUUACUCCUUAGCAAAUUAAUUCGCGAAGUACUCAUAGGAGUUGAAAACCGAAUUAAUUUGCAUGAUAUAUUCUGUUGGACUGAUUCCGAGGUUGCUCUUUGUUGGGUUAAUGGGAAGGAGAAGAGUUGUGAACCUUGGAUUGAGAAUAGGGUUGUGGCUAUAAGGAAAGUGGUGGAUCGUGAGAAGUGGCAUUUUGUUAGGGGUGAGGUAAAUCCUGCUGAUAUCCCUACUCGACUGUCUUCAAAUUUAAAAGAUUCUUUUUCAGGCUGUUGGUUUAGGGGACCUUUGAUGUUGUGGUCACAGGAGUAGGAAGUUGACAGGGUAAAAGCUAGUUGUGGUAACGAAAACUCUUUGGUUGGGAGGGUUGAUGUAGAAGUUCCUACUGAAGUUGUCAACUUCAGUAACACGACAGAGAAGGGCACGCCUAACAACAGCAGAUGUUCAAUUAGUGCUGUCAUUGAUUGUACUCGUUACAGUUCAUUAAAGAAACUUGUUCUGGUUACUGGGUAUGUGAUACGUUUCAUAAAGAACGUACGGAAACGAGUAAAGAAACAAGACGAUCUGGUUUGCGAGGACGUAUUGACUGUCAGUGAAUAUAACGCAGCGUCACACAUGUGGAUAAAGGACGAGCAGUUAUUAAUGAAAGAACAAGAUAAUUAUGCCAACCUCUGUGCUUCACUUCGCCUAUUUGAAGACAAAGAUGAACUGUUACGACUAAAGGGACGGUUUGCUAAUACGUCAUUAAAGCAUGAAGAACAACACCCAGUUAUACUUCGAAGCAAGAACGAUAGUUAUUUCACUCGGUUAGUUAUUUUGGAUGCUCAUGAAGCGACGUUACAUCAUGGCGUGGAAACAACAUUGGCACAUAUUCGGCGCAAAUUCUGGAUUGUAAAAGGACGGAAAAGCGUAAAGGAAGUUUUAAGGAAAUGUGUUACGUGUACAAGAUAUCAGGGGCGACCGGUACGUGCUCCUGCGAGCCCUGAUUUACCGCAUUUUAGAGUGGAUCACUUGGCGCAUGCUUUCCAAUUUACUGGUCUGGAUUUCGCAGGACCUUUAUUUGUGAAGGAUGGGCUGGGAAACAAUAAAUCGUAUAUUUUGUUGCUGACGUGUGCUUCGAGCCGUGCUAUCCAUUUGGAACUUGUUUCGGACAUGUCAGUUCACGGUUUUCUGCGGGGAUUCAAACGAUUCAUGGCGCGAAGAGGAAUUCCAGAUUUAGUUAUAAACGACAAUUUCAAAACAUUUAAAUCAGCGGAGGUAAAGAAAUUCAUGACACUGCAAGGUAUUCAACAGUAUUUUAUUUUACCUGCUUCGCCAUGGUGGGGCGGGUUUUACGAGCGUUUAGUCCGAUCGGUAAAGGGAUGCUUGAAGAAAACUCUUGGUAAAGCAUUCAUAACGUUUGAGGAACUUCAAACUAUAUUAUGUGAGAUAGAGGUCGCAAUCAACAACCGACCGUUAGCUUAUGUGAGCGAGGACGAUUUAGACGAGGCGUUAACGCCAUUUCAUCUUAUGCAUGGUCGCAGCAUGUCUACGGGAAAGAAGGUUCUAACUACGGACGUUGUGUCUGUUAUGAGUCUCGAACAUUGCAAGAAACGGUUAUUCCACUUACGAAAGUUAUUGAAAGAUUUAUGGUCGAGAUUUCGUAGUAAUUAUCUAAAUGAACUUCGUCAGAUGAACAUUUACCGCAAGGAGAAAGGUGGAAAGGCUAGAAUGAUCGAACUCGGAGAUGUAGUGCUGAUCAAAGACGACGACCCUACACCGCGGACGCAAUGGAGAAUGGGCAAGGUUUUGAAUCUGGUGAAAGGUCGUGAUGAGAAAGUACGUGGCGCUAAACUGAAGGUGCUUUCUAAAACUGGAAAGCAGACAUACGUGUUUAGACCAAUUCAAAGAUUGAUUCCGUUCGAAAUUGUAGAAACAUCAAGAAACGAUCGUAGAGAUGAUAAUUCCGAAGGACAAUUGAAUGAAACGAUUGUAGAACUGCCGGAGAUCGAGAACAGUGAUGAAAACAGGAAACAACGCAAUGAUGGACGAGUUAGGAGAAAAGCAGCGAUCGAAGGGCAGAACAUGCGAAGAGCUCGUGAACAAUAUUAUUAA